AUGAGAAUUAGUAAUCUUUUAUUAGUGUUGUGGGGCUCAGUUGCACUGGCAGCUGGUAGCAAAAGCGCUCAAUCUUUCAUCUUAACAUUAGAUGAAGAGCAACCUAACGUGGAUAAGGCCCUUUCAAAGUUUAAGGAACUCGUGAAAGAGGCAGGUGGAAGUAUCACACAUGAGUACUCGUUGAUCAAGGGAUUUUCGAUGCAGUUACCUUUUGAUUUUACUGAUGGUGUGAUUAAAAAGCUGAACGCCGCAGCAGAUGAGUUGGGAAAUAACUUUCAUUUGGAACGAGAUUCGGAGGUGCACGUCUUUUCAGGGCACGCUUCAUAG